AUGCUGACGACCGACGACUGCGGCCGCAUGGCGGGGCCGCGAUUCCAUCGCAGAGACCGGCUUGGCGGGAAGGGCGCAGGAAGUCAUUUAGAUGCUGAGAGAUUGGGAGCGUUUGAGCAAGAAAAAUAUCACGACACCCUAAUUCGGCCUCGUAACUGGACCUAUCUCAAGCUGGUGUUUUGUGAAGUGGUAAGCGAGCGUGAGAAAAGCGCGGCUAGGAAGAACUACGCAGUAGCACCCGGUAGUGUGAUUCUGAUGAUGAAGCGUGCCUUCCAACCUUCCAACCAGGGCGGUGGCUAG